AUGGCAAAUUCAAAUGACCAACUAGCCACAUUUCCUCCUGAACUUUUAAUCCGCAUUUUCUGUCAUAUCGAUUCUAUAAAAGAACUUUUACGUGUUUCAUGUACAUGUCGACAAUGGCGAUCGCUAAUUUUAGAUAGAUGGUUUCAACAGUAUCGAUUUCGUGAAUUUGCUCGACGACAUCUCAUCGGUCAUUGGAAAUUUGAGGAUACAAACAAACUUGGUCACGAUUCAUCAGGCAUUACUAAAGAUCGUUAUACAUUCACAGGUCAACCACGACAGAAUACAUGUUUUCUUGGUUCUUGUGCUAGUUUUGAUGACAGAUCAUCUAUUGAUAUUCCAGUCUAUGAUCUUCCUCUUUAUCAAACAGAUCAUUUCUGUGUUGCAGUCUGGCUAAGUACCAGUCGUAUGGCCUUUGAUCAUCGUACCGCAGUUGGAGCAUGGAAACCUGAUAAUAAUCAUUGGCUUCAUCUUGGUCACAGUAAUUACUUUAAAACAGAAAACCAAGUUAUAAUUUCGCCAGCUCUAGUUCAGUAUGAAUGUGCCGGUGGGACCUUUGGAACAAAUCAAUGGUUUCAUUUAGUAGUCCUCGUUUCUCGUCUGAAACAAUCACUUUAUGUUAAUGGAAAACUCGCCAAUACAGUUGAUAUGAGCCAAUAUCAGAAUCAUUCAACUGUUUUCAAAAAACAUUUAAUCACUAAAGAGAUGAUUACCAAUUGGAAAGAAGAAAAAAUACAACGACCUCAUACUUUACAUAUUGGAGCGAAAUCUUUUGGACUUAAUUUUUGGUUAGGCGACAUUGCAGAUCUCAGCGUAUGGAAUUGUCAUCUUGAACCUCAUGAAAUCGAAGCUAUCUAUGAACAAAAGGUUACUGUUGACAAGGUCAACGUUAGUGAUUAUGUAUUAAACAAAAUGUCGCGUGUUAGUCCACCAACAGAAAAGCUUCCUUCUGUAAAUUAA